UUGGCAAUCUGACUAAUAACAAACUGAGCUAACAAGAAAGACUAGAAAGGGAGGAAAGAGACCGCUGCUGCUGCUUGGAUCUACAACCUAAGAAAGCAAGACAGAUCAAUCCCAGCUCUGUGAAACAUCUUGUUUAUUUCCUGCGCUCAGCAGCUUGCAAAUGGUUAACUAUAUGCAAAAAAGUCAGCAUAGCUGUGAAGUAUGCCGUGAAUUUUAAUUGGGGAAAAAAGGCAACAGCUUCAGGAUGAUCUAGCAUGCGCUCUGCCUGAAAUACUUUCAAUGAAAUGCUCAGCAUUUAGUCUUCAAGCAGAGGUUUUUAACUUUAUGAAGCAAUGGGACCUGCCAAAAAGUGAAAUUUGAGAAGAAAGUGCGUGGUGGUUGCUGUUUUCUUUUUUUAAUAAGGAAGCUGAAUUUACUUUGAACAUCUCUUCCAGCUGUGCAUUACAGAUAACGUCAGGAAGUCUCUGCUUUACAGAAUCAGAUUUCAUCACAUGACAACAUGAAGCUGUGGAUUCACCUCUUAUAUUUAUCUCUCCUUGCCUGUAUAUCUUCACAGUCUCAAACUCCAAUGUCCUUGGCCAGAGGUUCUUGUGAUUCUCUUUGCAAUUGUGAGGAAAAAGAUGGCACAAUGCUAAUAAAUUGUGAAGAUAAAGGUAUCGAGAAGUUAUCCCAAAUAAGUGUGCCACCAUCACGACCUUUUCACCUAAGUUUAUUAAAUAAUGGCUUGACAAUGCUUCACACAAAUGACUUUUCUGGGCUUACCAAUGCUAUCUCAAUACACCUUGGAUUUAACAAUAUUGCAGAUAUUGAGACCGGUGCAUUUAAUGGCCUUGGCCUUCUUAAGCAACUUCAUAUCAAUCACAAUUCCUUAGAAAUUCUUAAAGAGGAUACUUUCCAUGGACUAGAAAACCUGGAAUUCCUACAAGCAGAUAACAAUUUCAUUACAGUGAUUGAACCAAGUGCCUUUAGCAAGCUCAACAGACUUAAAGUGUUAAUUUUAAAUGACAACGCUAUUGAGAGUCUUCCUCCAAACGUAUUUCGGUUCGUUCCUUUAACCCAUCUAGAUCUUCGUGGGAAUCAGUUGCAAGCAUUGCCUUACGUUGGUUUUUUAGAACACAUUGGCCGGAUAUUGGACCUCCAGUUGGAGGACAAUAAGUGGACCUGUAAUUGUGACUUAUUAGAGCUAAAAAUUUGGUUGGAAAAUAUGCCUCCACAGUCUGUAAUUGGUGAUGUCGUCUGCAACAGCCCUCCAUUUUUCAAAGGAAGUAUACUAAGCAGACUGAAAAAGGAAUCAAUUUGCCCCACCCCACCAGUGUAUGAAGAACAUGAGGAUCCAUCAGGAUCAUUACAUCUGGCAGCAACGUCUUCAAUAAGCGAAAGUCGCUUGUCAACCAAGACCACACCUCUUUUAAAACCAACUACCAAAGUACCAGUUUUGAUACCCUAUAUUACAAAGCCAUUCACUCAACUUCCAGGACCCUACUGUCCUAUCCCCUGUAACUGCAAAGUUCUAUCCCCAUCAGGACUUCUAGUACACUGUCAAGAACGCAAUAUUGAAAGCUUAUCAGAUCUAAAACCUCCUCCACAUAAUCCUAGAAAGCUUGUUCUAGCAGGGAAUAUUAUCCAUACGUUAAUGAAGUCUGAUCUAGUGGAAUACUUCACUUUGGAAAUGCUUCACUUGGGAAAUAACCGUAUUGAGGUUCUUGAGGAAGGAUCAUUUAUGAAUUUGACAAGACUGCAAAAACUCUAUCUAAAUGGUAACCAUCUGACCAAAUUAAGUAGAGGCAUGUUCCUUGGUCUCCACAAUCUUGAAUACUUAUAUCUUGAAUACAAUGCAGUUAAGGAAAUACUGCCAGGAACCUUUAACCCAAUGCCCAAACUUAAAGUUCUCUAUUUAAACAACAACCUCCUACAAGUUUUACCACCACAUAUUUUUUCGGGGGUUUCCCUAACAAGGAUAAACCUGAAAACAAACCAGUUUACCCAUCUCCCUGUAAGUAAUAUCUUGGACGACCUUGAUUUAUUGACUCAGAUUGACCUUGAGGACAAUCCCUGGGACUGCUCCUGUGACCUGGUUGGAUUGCAGCAGUGGCUACAAAAACUAAGUAAGAACACAGUAACAGAUGACCUCCUCUGCACUUCUCCAGAGCACCUGGACAAAAAGGAAUUAAAAGCACUGACUAGUGAACUUCUUUGCCCUGGCUUAGUCAAUAACCCAUCCCUGCCGACUCAAACUAGUUACAUAAUUGUCAGCACUCCCGCAACCACAACUACAGCCAAUACUAUUUUGAGAUCACUUACUGAUGCUGUACCGCUCUCUGUUCUAAUACUAGGACUGCUGAUUGUGUUCAUAACCAUUGUGUUCUGUGCUGCAGGGAUAGUGGUUCUUGUUCUCCACCGCAGGAGAAGAUACAAAAAGAAACAAGCAGAUGAGCAGAUGAGAGACAGCAGUCCGGUCCAUCUCCAAUACAGUAUGUAUGGCCAUAAAACAACUCACCACACUACUGAAAGACCCACCGCAUCACUCUAUGAGCAGCACAUGGUGAGUCCCAUGGUUCAUGUCUAUAGAAGUCCAUCCUUUGGCCCAAAGCAUUUGGAGGAGGAAGAAGAAAGGAAUGAAAAAGACGGAAGUGACACAAAACAUCUCCAAAGAAGCCUUUUAGAACGGGAAAAUCAUUCACCACUCACGGGGUCAAAUGUGAAAUACAAAACCACAGACCAAUCAACUGAAUUUUUAUCUUUUCAGGAUGCCAGUUCAUUAUAUAGGAACAUUUUAGAGAAAGAAAGAGAACUCCAGCAACUGGGAAUCACAGAAUACCUAAGGAAGAACAUUGCUCAACUCCAGCCUGACAUGGAGGUACAUUAUCCUGGAGCCCAUGAAGAGUUAAAAUUAAUGGAGACUUUAAUGUACUCCAGGCCAAGGAAAGUACUAGUGGAACAGACUAAAAAUGAGUAUUUUGAACUUAAAGCUAACUUACAUGCUGAACCUGACUACUUAGAAGUCCUGGAGCAGCAAACAUAGAUGGAGAGAUUGAGGGCUUUUGCAGAAAUGCUGUGAUUCUGUCUUAAGUCCAAACCUUGUAAAUAAGUGCCUUACAUGAGUGUGUCAUCAAUCAGAACUGAAGCACAGCAGUAAUCCUAUGGGAAAAAAGAAGAAAAAGAAACUCAGGGAUUGUUGGGAGAAGCCAUUGCGUUGUCUUCAGGCAAUUUUGCCCACCCCCCAAUAAAAUAAAUCCUUGCAUCUAAAUCA